CAUGCACUGAUGUUGGUUAGAGAGAACAACUCUUCUCAUCCUGUGUCUUUUAUCCUGCUUGGAAUCCCAGGCCUGGAGAAUUCCCAGUUUUGCAUUGCCUUUCUGUUCUGUGUCAUGUAUGUUGUGGCUGUUGUUGGCAAUAUCACCAUCCUACAUAUAAUUCGAACUGAUCACACACUGCAUCAGCCCAUGUACCUCUUUCUAGCCAUGCUAGCAAUCACUGACCUGGUCCUGUCCUCCUCCACCCAGCCUAAAAUGCUGGCCAUCCUCUGGUUUCAAGCUCAUGAGAUUGAAUAUCAUGCCUGCCUCAUCCAGGUGUUCUUCAUCCAUGCCUUUGCUUCUGUAGAGUCUGGGGUGCUCAUGGCUAUGGCCUUGGACCGCUAUGUGGCCAUCUGCUUCCCACUUCAACACUCCAGCAUUCUGACCACAGCUGUGGUGGUAAAACUAGGGGUGGCUGUGGUGGUGCGAGGGCUGCUGUGGGUAAGCCCGUUCUGCUUCAUGAUCUCCAGGAUGCCCUUCUGCCCCAACAGCAUCAUUCCCCAGUCAUACUGUGAGCACAUGGCUGUGCUGAAGUUGCUAUGUGCUGACACCAGAGUCAACCGUGCGUACGGGCUCUUUGUAGCCUUCUCUGUGGUUGGCUUUGACAUGUUGAUCAUCAGUAUCUCCUAUGUGAUGAUUUUGAGAGCUGUUCUGCAGUUGCCCUCAGGCGAAGCCCGCUUCAAGGCUUUUGGCACAUGUGCUUCUCACAUCUGUGUUAUCCUGGCUUUCUACAUCCCAGCCCUUUUUACCUUCCUCACCCAUCGCUUUGGCCAUCACGUGCCCCGAGUGGUACACAUCAUGUUUGCUAACGUCUACCUACUGGUGCCUCCCAUGCUCAACCCCAUCAUCUAUGGAGUUAGGACCAAGCAGAUCAGGGACAGGGUUAUGCAAGGGCGUUGUGGCAAAGAUCUGUAA